AUGAAUCUCCUCCUUCUGGCAGUAGCUCUGGGGCUCGCAGGUAGAUAUUCACGAUUUUAUUUUUUCGAAACCGAAGACAUUUAAAUCUGAAAAGCUAACUGGUUUCUCUUUUGUCUUGCUGCAGGAGCGUCUCCUCUGCCAGACAGCAAGGUUUGCCAACCUCACUCCAGACCCUGGCAGGUCUACAUUCACAGUGAGCGAUCAUCCUGCAGUGGAGCUCUUAUUAACCAAUGGUGGAUAGUAACCUCCUUUGACUGUGCGCCCAUGUAAGUACCAAAGUCUGCUAAAUGAAAGCUUAAUGGCGGAUUUGAACUGGGCUUUGUGUCUUGCAGUAGAAUUUUGCUUUUUGUGCCUGAGAGGUAUUUUAAUCUAUGAUUUCAUUCCUAUUUAUUUCCCUCAAAGAAUUUUUUCAGUAAAAGCACCUCUGCCUUUUAUAAAACCUGGGUGAAGUGUUUGAGAUACUGUGUUUUUCAAAUUCAACAAUGCAUCACAGUGGUCUACUCUUUUAUUAGCACCUUUCAUUCAACAGCACUUUGACCCCCAGUCUUCAGCACUAGAAAUUUUCCGAAAAAAAGCAGAAAGUAAGAAAACGUAUUAAUUUGAUUCCUUCCCUUGUGUGAAAAUUGUUCACGUUUUUCUAUUCUGGGGGCUCGCACAGGCUGUCCUGAUACAUGUAUUUGGUCUCAUGAAUCAGUGACGUAUGAUUGAUUAUAAUGUCACUUUAGCAAAGCUACUGAUUCUAUAAUUUCUUUCAGUUUCUUUGGCUCACUUCUCAAAUGACAAUUUUAGUCCUUGAAACAGUUUACAACACUUUUCAGAAGAUUAAGCACAACAGGAGCUCAAAUUCUGCUGAAGUCCUUCUCAAGUUGCGAACUUUUUAAAUAUCUAGGAAAUUGUUUCAAGCAAUAGUCUACAAUUAGAGGAACUUGUGGUUGAACAAAUCUUGGAGAUCAAAAUAAACGAUUGAUUUGUUUCACUUGUUCAAACAUUUUAGAAAUCUUCGACUUAACAAAAUAUCGUAUAUUGGUACAUCCAAACUUUAUAUAAUAGUGGAGAGACUGUGAUGUUUUAUGAAUUGAUUUUAAGUUUUGAACGAAUAAACGACAGAAGCAGCAGGAUGUUGAGUGACUCUAGUGCUGUACCCUUCUUUACCACACUAUAGCCCAAAAGUUUUCCUCUUUUUUUGCAGUGUGAGUUAUCUAUUUUCUUUUAAGUAUACUGUGAGUUUUACUGACUGAUCCAAAUUGUACAUAAGUGCUUCUUGGCAUUGCUAAGCAUUUGAAAUGUGUACUGCAAAACUUUAGACUCCUGAAAUCCAACGGGUGUUAUAUUUGACACCCAUGUAAGAUGAAAAAAUGUCAUUGGAAAAAGCUGGCUUUUUGAAAUUGCAACAAAAAGAGCGAUUUUGUGUAGCUAUAGCAUCUCCUCAAUUAAAGCUUUAAGUUCCAGUUUAUUAGGACAUCAUCAGAGAAGCACCAAAGAAACAUAUUUAUAAACCUGCUGUACAUGUCUGAGUGUGGCCUCCUAAACCCUAACAAACUACAGGCUUCCUCUCCUUGUCCUUUCAGACCCUACAGCAGCUUUGCGUCUCUGGGAGAACACGAUGUGACUGUGGAGGAGGGCACGGAGCAGCACAUUCAGAUCGUCGAAGUCAUCAGGCACAGUCCCUACCGCUCACCCUUCCACAGUCUGGCCUUGGUCCGUCUGGCCGAACCCGCCCACCUCGAUCAGCAUAUCAAGCCCAUCCCUCUUCCCACUCGAUGCCCACAGCCAGGAGAGACCUGCUACGUCAGCGGCUGGGGAUUCACAGACCCAAAUCAAUGUGAGUGGAUUUAAAGGUGCUAAUGUGGCUUUAACACCUCAUUAAUCUGUCACCAGGUUACAAUUCAGAAUAAAGCCAGUCAUGAAAUCUAGUCUACAAGUAUUCCCUGUCCUACAAGACAUCAUUCCAGCCUUCUUUGUCUAAGUAUUAUGUCUCAUGCACAACUCUUAAGCCUGACAAACAUGUUUGAAUCUAUCUGACAAAGCUUUUUUAAUAUUUGCAACCAGCUAAAGAUCCACUACAUGACUAUGUAAGCAGGUAUCAACAUACCAUACAAGCAACAUACUAUUGAGCUUAUGUUACAGAAAUCAAAUCCUUUAACUUUCAUAAACUGGCUAGUAGAUUCACUACGUACAAUAAAGACGCAAUUCAAAAGGAAGAAGAUCAUCUAAUUAGAAGAUUAGAUUCGUCUCUAUCAAUACCAUCAUAUAUUUACGUCCGUUUUAGAGGGCACUGGUUUUAAAAAGUGAUGGUAAAUUUUUAAAUGCUUCAUUAAAGAGAUGCUGUUAGCAACAUAAAUAAAGUUCACUUCAUUUAUAGACCUGACACCCCCCAACCCUCCCAUCUUUAACAUCAUGAUGGAUGUACAUCCCUGAGGCUUUUUAUAAUUACACUACAGAAGUAAUUUGAUUGAACUGACCUUCAGAGAGUCCAGGUGGACAGAGGCUGCAGGCUGUCUGAAGGGAAAAAAAGUGAAGUUAGAGGAGGCAUGGAGUUCAACAAAACAACUGUUUUCCUGUGAUAAAAAAACGGGAAAUUAGAACAGUAUAUUUGUCUUUGUAAUUAAAAUUCCUGUACAUCUCAAAUUAACUAGACAUUCCCAUUAGCACUAACUAACACGGCAGUGAAAGAAAACAGCUUUAUCACGUCACUUCAUGCUGAAAGUUAGGAGUUCUUUUGUGUGUUACUGACUUCGAUAAGCACGUUUCUCUGAGUAAAAUUGCUUAUCAGGACUAACAGUGAGCGGGGCUAACAAAAUGUUUAAUUACUGGGGAAAAAUGACAAUUCUAAACUUAAAGUCCCACUCCGCUCUAUUUUUUUAUCAACUGAAGUGUUCUAAGUGAUCUUUAAAUUGUGAUUGUAAUUUUUAGCCAAAAUUGCAUUACCUGUGUCAGCUUCAAGGGCUUUUCUUCUGCAGAGCUCCAGUAGCUCAUUAACAAUUCACCUUGAGUCGUGGGCGGAGACAGCGCUGCUCUGCACACUCCUCUUCACGGUAGCUUGCGGCCUAACGUUGCCAGUGUAGUAGAAGUGGCAGGUAGCAUAGGAGCUAUACAACUCUCAGACACUAAUGUCUUUGGGGAAAUGAUAGAAGUUAGUAUCAUAAUUAGCAAUUUGCAUCAUUGCCUCUCUACUUCUCCGAGUCUGGCCUGCAUAGCAGGGCUCCCUGGGCGGAGCUUGCAGUUGUGACGUAGGAAAUAUCACUGUGUCUAAGCCUGUCGUUUGGAUAUGACAGAGGUUUACAGCGAUUUGAAUGCAGAAAUACCCAGAAAUGCGAUUUUGCACUUACGUUUUUCAUUAUAUGUUCUCUAGUAUCAGAAAAAUGUCCUAUGAACAUGUAGACAACAAGAAAAACAUGAUUUUUAUGGGAGUGAGUCUUUCAGCUGUGGAGGAGAGGAUAACACCAAACCCUUCCUGCGACUAGUUUUGACUCACACAAUCAAUAUGCAGACCUAUUCUUUUGCUUGGUAGUGCCACCAUAUUUCACAGCUGGUCUCAAAAUACAUUUACAGUAUAUAAUGGAGACCGAGAACUGCAAUACUGAGCAGGGGUAGAUCUAGGAUUAUGGGAGAUCUGAGGCAGAGGGAGGAGAGAUGUAUGCGCAAAGUUCCGGCUUUCUUUUGGUUUUGUUUUUUUAUUGCUGAUACAGAAAAUACAUACCAACUUUAUCUAGACAAAGGUGUUGUCCUGAAGGAUCCACAAACAAACAAGAACUCCAUUUCAUUCUCUUACAUUUGAUGUUUUUUAUUCUCUUACAUUUCAUGCUGGCAGGCACCUCUGCUGUCUUUACUGCUCUGUUCUUCACUCCUCUCCUCUAAACUCGUUUUCAUCUCUUGUGUUCAGAAGUCUUUUUGCUUCACUGUCCACUACGUUCCUUUCCAGCAUUAGUUUGAUAUCUUCGGUACGACUCUGCUCUAAACUCAGUUUCAUCUCUUGUGUUGAAUAGUCAUGUUUGCUUCACUGCACAUGUGCCAGUCAGUGACACAUGUGGUCAUAUUUGAUCAAUUUUACCUUUACUUUAGGUUUUUACCAUGCAGCAUUAAUGUUGUUGUUAUUCAUUUUCAUUGCAUAUGCCCACUGUUAUUACAACUGACGCUAAUGAAAACCAUCUAUUAAAAACUAUAACUUUAUUAGUCCGUAACUCGUCACACACCAGGGGCUCUAUUUUCGUUCGCGCCGGUGAGGUAGCGGAGGGCGGCGAGCCCCGCGCAGUUGUAUUUUCGUCUGGCGGAGCCCGGCGUAAGGCGAGUUUGGUAUUUUCGUGGGCUGAGUCGCACGGAGGCGAGCCGAGAUCCGCCAAGCUGGGCGUGGUGGCGUGGCAGGGGGAGGUGUUGACAGAAUCAGCUGGCGCAGUGACAUUUUCGUGCUCGCCACCGGCGUGUAACGUGCGCUGAAAGCUCGCCGAUUCAAACCUGGUCAGCUUUCAGCGCAAGGCGGAACGCAGCUGGUCUAGUAGUAUUUUGGUAGACCGGCGGCGUAUCGACAUACGUCACCGAUGCCUCACCGGCAGGUUUCCACAGUGUCAGGCAGAUUUCAGUGCAAUAAAUAAUCAUCAACAACUAUUAAUCUGAGUCAGCACAUACAUUUAGAUCUAUAUCGAUAUAUUCUGAUCUAUAUCUGAUCUGAUGAGCGCGUUUGGCACGCGUUUGGGCACACAACCUGACCGAAUCAAUACAGCUGAAACCGCAUCAAAUUAAAUUAAAUAUCUAGUAAAUAAACACACAUGAUGAAGUUAACAAGAUAUGUAAUGUGUCUCCCUCCUUUUCUUUCUUCCUCUUAUUUCUCGCACAGCUCGACCUGGACACGUCUCCGUGUCCUCCGUCCAUCUUGCUUGCUGCUGCGGCUGAACAGAUGAUUUGUUUCAGUGCUCAGAUGCGUUAUCUACUUUAAGCCGACAUAUGGAUAUUAUAAUAUUCAGUUUUGUGGGCCAAAUUUAUUUUAUAUGCCAACAUCUAUGAAAGAAAGAGCCAGGCCACGGAGCGCGAUGCGUCAUUUACGCACAGAUGGUUCCGAUUUUAAUGCCAUUUUUGGAGUUUAUGUUGUGAUCUGUGCGCUAAACCCACCUUUGUCACGUGAGGUUUGAAUAUAUGCAACUUUAUGUGAGUGUCUUUUUUGUGGAAAAGGGUGUUUGUCUUACCAGUGGGUCCAACAUUACGCACACUAAAUCCAUCUGUGCUCAUAUGAGAGAGAGUGGAGGACACUUGUUGAGCAGCUGCCCUCUGUCGCCAUCUUGUGGCAUAACUGUCUUCAGACAUCUCUUGAUCUCUUUGACUACUUCAUGAAAAUAGUAAUACGCCUCGCCGGUGGCGGAUUUAAAGGCAAGGAGAGGAGCUUAUGUGAUUGGUGAAAACAGGUCUCGGCUGUGUUAAACUCACUACACGCCCCUCUCCUCCCCGUCUAUGACUUAUGCUGCCGGGAGGAGCUGAGUAAGGGAGGGGGGAUACUUACGCCGGGCUGCGCGGCUCACCAAAAUACCAAAAUGUGCUUGGGAACGCCUUGCCAGCGCGGCGGAUCUGAUUGACGCUGCGCUUGCGGCACGUCUCCGGCGAGGCACCAAAAUAGAGCCCCAGGUGUUAAAACCCAAUACCUACUAAGGCUACAAAGAUAAUUUUGAGAUAUUUUGUUAUUAUGGCUGUAAAAUGGUCAGAAAAUGCCUAAAGUCUGAGAGCUUUAGUCCCUUUUUCUAACAGUACUUGUACUUCACUUUUCAACACCUGAUUAGUGGUUAUUCCACAUUAUAUAUGGAAUUGUCAGCUGUUGAAAAGAAGAAAAAACUAAAACUUGUUUGUUUUUUCAUGGCUUUUAUGAAAGCAAAUUUUGUAAUUGCUCAUGAAGUUUUGAUUUCACAUUUGAAAAGUUAACCGUUUAGAAUCAGAAACAGUUGUUUUUUCGAGUCUAGGACUCUGGCUGUGCAAAUGAUGCACAGCUUGCUUCGUCUGAACACACCUCUACUUCAGAAGAAGAAUCCUCUAAAUCACCCUCCUUUAAAUAGCUCUCCUCCUACUCCUCUACUAACCGUUGCAGCCGUUUAAUAUAUUACUGUAUAUUUACUACUAUUUACAAAUAUUUAUUACAAUAUUUCUAAGAAAAACUGUAUUUUGCUUGCUCUGUCUUAACUUUUUCUCCACUCUCCUUUCCUCCCUUGCCCCUGUCAGAGUUGUUGCAGUUUUGGUGGUACCGUUCUAAAUUACCGUAAUAUAUACCAUAUAUCAUAUAUUGACAGAAAGCACAGAUGCUCAGCUGUCUGUCAGUGUUGGAAUUUUUCAGAUUGAGCAAACUUUCGAAGAGUUACGGUAUUGAGAAGCUGCGUAGGGCGUUACCAAUACUUCCUGUGUUUUGCAACGACUACCGUAGUAAAUCAUAUAUGUACGCAUGCCCACAACUCUCAGCUUUCCCAACACUGUUCAAAUUUUUCUGAUCGGAUAAACCUUAGCGGAGUUACGGUAAUAAUACUCCGGGCAUACAAAACACAGCGCCGGCGCUUUGGCAGUUAGGUAAAGUAAUUUUAAUGUAAAUUCACAGACCUGAAACAUCUUGUUCCGACGUUGGCGUUCCUGGUGGGUCGUUGCGCCGCGGAAUCAUUAUGUCCAUGAUUCACUUCUAUGUGUAGCUACGUCCAACUGACAGAUCUGGAUUUAAACUCGCGGAAUCAAUACAGGAAACAGAAUCAGAGAGGAGGACAAACUUCUCGGCAGAGCAGGCUAUAAACGCAGGUUACUGUCCCGCUGCUGCUGCCCCUCUGUUGGACUCCGGUACUGCAGGAAGGCUACACUUCAGACUCUGGUGCGGUCAGGCAUAGAUAAACGCUAGAUGGCUUUCGCACGCUGUAAGCCGUCGUCCGCACAUGGCGGCCAUUUUGCUACGAUACGCUCGCCCAGUCGUAACAUUACAGUCUACGGUGCAUGUAGCAUUUAAAUAACCAUAGAUUGCUUAAUUUUAAACCGAUUUUUGAACAGUUUGGUUUGUAAGAAACCUCAGAGUUUUAGUUAUGUUCCUGCAUACUCAAGAAUAAUUAUAACCAUGGAUUUUCAUAAAUAAACAUUAAGCAGAUCUGUAGAGCCAAAGCUAUAGGCCUACACACACAAGGCAGUUAUUUUAAAUCGUUUGUAUAUAAAACAUUUAAUCAUUCCAUGUAUGUUAUAUUAGUAAUAUUUCUAUUAUAGGGAUAACUAUAACAACAUAUAGCAAUAACAUAUAAAUAUUUAGUUUCAAUAUAAAUGUUUGCCUCAUGUUGCCAUUUUAGAUGUUUUUAACAAACCCAACAGCGUAGAAAUCAUGUGCAACUAAGUUAUGUUGAAUCAAAAGAGCAUUUCUGCCUCUCCAACUAAUGUAAAAUUGCUGGGUCAACUUUGUAGUAUGUACUUAGUGUCACUCACAGCGAGCCUGUUAGCCAAGUUACACAGCUGAUAAACACAAGCACAUCCACAAAGACUGUCACUUAGACUAAAUAAAUAAAAAAUAAGGGCUGUGAAACAAGAAAUUAAAAUCUCGAUUGUAGUCUCAGCCUUGACAGCUCACGCAAAGCGACCCAAAGAUAGCCCUUUGGCGCAAACAGCCAUAAACAACUGUGCUGCAUGAUUAAGUCUUUUUUUUUUUCUCAAAGAAAAGCUGCCAUCUCAAUAUGUCCAAGCAUCCCGACUCAUAGCCAUGUUACAAAGGUCUAUAAUAAACAAAACCAUUUGUAAAUCUGUCAAAUUACCCCGCCCCUGGUACUGAGGUAUUACAAACUCAUGCUGUUACAGUAGAAAACACAUGGGGUAACACCAGGGCACAUCAGCAACUAUGCAAAUGUCAGCUGAAUAAAAAUAGUAAAAUACAUUACAGAAUAGAAAUAAACUCUCAUGACUUUGUAGCAGGCUGAAUUUUGUGCAGCAGGUGGGCUUUCACUUGAUGUAACAAGCACAUUAAUAUUCUGGUCAUUUGAGCUCUUACAAGGCAUUAACAUUCUGUUUUAAUAAUGGCCAGAAAUGUCUUACUUUAAUCAGAAGAGUUUCUAAUUGCCUGUCAGAGGGCACAGUCAGUCAUCAACACUAAUUAAAAGAGACCAGACCUUGAAAAUAGCACUUACUCAAAGUUUAAAAUUUAUGCUCUGGUGCAAGGGGUGGUGAUGCAUAAUAACAGGUCAUAAUCCACGGACCGACACAGGAACAGGACUUUAGUCUGAUAUUGAUUGGCAGACUGAUUCAGGAUGUACAGAACAUAUGAGCCGAGUAACAUGUACACAAAAUGAUAAGAAUUUGAACAACUUGAUCAGAACAAUAACACCCUGUUUUUACACAGAUGAAGCCGAUCAAUACCUGAAAUGUUUGACUGUGCCAGUUGUGGAAGACCAGACUUGUAGGGACGCACUCCCGGAGUUCGUGUACUGGAGCGUGGGCAUGGUCUGUGCAGGUCAAAAUAACACGGAUAACUGCCUGGUGAGCAAACACAAAACACACUGUUGAUCAAAAUGUUGUAUUUGUCUCGCCUCUACUGUAUUGCUUUCAUACCACUUCAUCACUCUCUUUGUCCUCAUCCUUAUUAUCUGCCUCACAGCGCUUCCAUUGUUUUGCAUUUCUCAUUGACAGCCUCCCUCUGUUUUCUGUCUUUUUUUCAUAGAAUGAUAACGGCAGUGUGAUGGUGUGCGAUGGCCAGCUGCAGGGGGUUCAAUGGAUCAAGAACGGCUGCAGAGACCCCAACAACCCCAGUGUCUAUACUAAGCUGUGUUUGUACACCAACUGGAUCAGACAGGUGAUCGGCUCUUCAACCCCUACGACAACUAGAGCAACUCGACGGGUGACCCCAUAA